UAUUUUAGAAUGUAGAUUUCGAUGAUUAUUUCCUACGAUUUAUUUGUUUUUUUAAUCAAAUGCAAUAAAUAAAAUAAGAUAUUUGAAUACGUAUUUAGAAGUGUAUUCCUCUAAAGAGACAUUGAAUUGUUAUAAUACGGUUAGUGUGAUUGAACGGCAAUGGCCCAGUGGAUUGGGUUCGCGGUUUCCGUCAACUGUGGUGACCCGCUGGGGUUCUACCAGGGCACCAUCCUCGAGGCGGACGGGUUCACCAUCACGCUCACGAAGGCCUUCAGGAAUGGGUUCCCUUAUCCAAAGUCGCAGGUCACACUCAAUGCUUCAGAUAUUAAGGAGUUAAAGAUCAUCUCGGGGCGCGCGUCGCCGCCGCCGCCGGCGCACAGCACGGUGGCCGUGAGCAAGGGCAAGAAGGGGCAGCGCGCCACCGUGUGCGAGAGCCUGCAGGCCAUCCCUGCCAACACAGGCAAUCAGUCAAACAACAAUGCAAAGGCAGCUACAUCAGUGCGCUCGGGGUCCGGGCAGCCCCGUAGCAAGCCCAUCGACAUCCAGGGCGGCCGGAGCAAGAACAAUAACAACAACAACAACAACCAAUCAGCAGGCAGCUACGGCGGCGGGUCAGGGUCAACCCCGCGCGCGCACGCAACUAAAGGCGGCGCGGCGGGGGCGGCCCGCGGCGCAGAAAGGGCGGGGGGCGCGGCGCGGCGGCGCAACGACGCGGCCUUCGGGGAGGCGCUGGACCCGGAGAUCCACACUGAGUUCGACUUCGAGAAGAACCUCGCGCUGUUCGACAAGCAGGCGCUGUGGGAGGAGAUGAGGCACUCGCACAAACCAGACCUCGUGCGUCAGACGGAGGGCGGCGGCAAGUACCGGCACGACGAGAACAUCCUGGGCGGCGGCGCGGCCGCGGGGGACAUCUGCGCCGGGCCCGCCGCCGCCGCGCGCGGCUACGUGACAGACCUAGGCCGCCUAGUACCAGCGCUACGAGCGGGCCCGCGCGCGGCGCUGUGGCGCUCCCUCCCCGCCCCCGCCCGCGCCCCCGCGCGCGUGCUGCUGGCGCGCGCCGCCGCCGACGUGGCGCUGCGGCUGGUGGGCGGCGGCCGGCGCCUCGACGCCAGGAACACGCACCAGGUGCCCACUGUCGUGGCGCUUGUUGGGGACCACUAUAUCGGCGCGUGCGGGGUGACGACGGCGCGCAUCCUGGCGUCGCACGGCGUGGACACUUGCGUGUGGGUGUGCGGGGGCGGCAACGCGGGGGGCGGGGGGCUCGGGGAGGAGCUGCAGCUGUACCUGGCGGCGGGGGGGCGCGCGCUGCGGGGCGCGGGGGGGGCGCGCCCGCCCGCCGCCGACCUGCUGCUGCUCGCGCUGCAUGAUGUUUAUGAGCAGACGGAUGAUGAGCAUCCGGAUAUAGUUUGUGCGCUGGAGUGGGCGGCGGGGGGGCGCGCGGGCGCGGUGUGCGUGGAGCCGCCGGCGCUGGGCUACCGCGCGGGGCUGGCGGCGCGCGCCUCCGUGGCCGCGCUGCUGCCGCCCGCGCUGCCGGCCGAGCUGGGCCGCCUGUACCUCGCCGACGUGGCGCCUCCGCCCAGCAUAUUCUCGGACAUGGGCAUCUCGUACCGGCCUCCGUUCGGCGCCGCGUCCGCGCUGCCGCUGCACGCCGCCGACGACUGACGGUAGCGCCCCGCCCGCCCCGGCUGAAGGCGCCGCCCCCGCCGGCUGUCGGAGCCCCCGCCCCCGGCUGAGGGCGCCCCCGAGUGAUCCGGCCCUGGCUUGUACUUACACUAGUCGGGCAUUCUGUGAGGUUGGGACAUUUGCUUAAAACAGAAUUUGAAAACAGAUUGCAUUUGCGGUUUCGUAACGUUUAUCUGAUAUUGUGCAGAGUUGUCGGAGAUCUCUCGUCUCAUGCCGUGUUCCUCAUGUUGUUGUACUUAAGAAUUUUGUGUCAGGAUAAAAUUGGUUAAUUUCAUGUUUGGUGCCUGUGUAUUUACUAUGACUGCAGAUCUGUGAACCAGCGAUGUAUCUAUAUUUUUUUUAUUUAUUUAAUGAUAAACUAAAAUAAUCAUAACUUUAUUUUAAAAAGAUAAUAAUUAUAAUAUCAUGAUAACAGUAAAUUAUGAAUAUCAUCUGUACAUAAAAUUACCAAUGAUAUUCGUCCUAACGUUAAUUACGAAUGUGUUUAAGGUUAUUAUUACAGUUUAAAUUGAAUUAAUUCCUAACUGCGAACAAAUUGCGAUGAUUAUAAUGUAAUGUGAAUGUGGUAGGUAUAUUCUGUGUAAAGUACUGUAAAUAUUUAAAAACAAUGUUGUCUACAGUGUGUAGUACAGCCUGGCGAUGUAAUACCUAGCAUAAUUUAAAUAAGGACUAAAUAUUUCCGUCUAAAAGUUACAUAAUAUAUUCUUCUUCCAUGUUGAAUGAAUAGCGAUGAUGACGCGUGUGGAGCGUGCCUUUUAAAUCUUAGAACUUCUUGUUACGUCGGUACUAUGUUUGGUUUUUUGUACAACUGAUAAAUUAUAUGUGAUGCUCGUGUGAUAAAUGGAUUUGAUCGAAUGAUGUACAUUUUUAAAGUUGCGUUUAGGAUUAAUAACGACUGUACAGUAUAAUGAUUAACGUAAAAUCUUGCAUUUAUUUCCGUUCCAUGUUUAAUGCAACUAGCAAGUUCAGCGUUAACUGACUUCAUUUAUAUUAUAAUUUCAUGACAUGAUUAUAAUUUAAUCAUAGCUAUUGUAUGUUUUAAGAAGCGACGUUAAUUUAAAAUAAAUUGCAGUUGUAAUAUGA